AUGCGAGAUCUACCCGUCGAAAUUAUCAACGUCGUCGUCGAGAAUGUUUCCUCCACAACUGAUCUUCUCCAGUUACGCUGCUUAAACUGGACUUACCGAGAUCUCGUCACUCCCAUCGUAUUCAGCAAAAUCCACGUGCAAAACAGCACCAAGAGCGCGCAAAACUGCCAGCAGAUCAUCGGUGCCCCACACCUGGCUACCUACGUUCGAGAACUUGUCUAUGAUUCUCGUGACGAUGGAUAUGUUGAGGAUACGCUUGAAGUCGCUGAGCUUGAAGAAGCCUUGACUGAGGCCUUCUGCGCAAUCUCUGCGCUUCCCAGACUUGAACGCCUCGUCGCGAAUUUCUGGCCAUCAUUUGUUUCCCAGUCAGGGAAGGAAGUACGCGAGAGCCCAUUCUGGUUCACGAAUCGACAGCUCACGGUUACCCAUGCCAUAUAUCACGGCAUGAAGACAUCUCGCUUGUCAUCCCUGUCUCUCAACAACGUUGUCAUGAUGCCCGCUUCAUGUUAUGAUUUCGUCUCUUCCCUUACGAACUCGCCCCUGUCUUCCCUUUCCUUGUCCGUUGUACCAAAUGCCGAAAUCAGUGCCUGGUCUGGUUCCAAGGACAUUAACGGAUCACUUGGCGCACUCUUGCCUCCCUCCAACGUCACUCUUAAAUCGCUUGUGCUGCGCAGCCCCCAGGGCCCAUACCACAGCCUCACUACCCAGCUUUCUUCAUGCCACUAUCCUGCGCUCGAAUCGCUCGUACUGGAAAAUAUCGUCUUUGAUCAGACGCCCUCCGCUGAUAGCGUCGAGGAGUUUGUCCUCCGCCACAAGAAUUCAUUGCGUCGACUGGAGUUGCAAUCGUGCGCAAGCCAUGUGGGAGCCCCAUUAUUUGAUGCCAGACCAUGGUCGAGCAUCUGGCAACGAUGGGCUGCUGAGCUCACUGGUUUGAGGGAGCUUGUGGCGGACGGUGACAGCGGAUAUGUCGUACUCGAUGCCGAGUGGGGCUACGUCACUUAUAAACCAGUCAGCGCUAUGACGGUUGAGAGUGACUCGUCGAGCUUGCAGACGUUCCAGGAUGCUCUAAUAGCCGCUAGUAAGGCUAUAGCAUGUUAA